CCAAGAUACUUUGGGAAGGGGAGAGGGGGAGGGGGGUCACGUGCCCAAGCCAGCUGCAGGCGCAUCACAUGAUCACUGGCUAAGCCUGCUCCGGCUCCAGCUCCUGCUCGCUCGCUGGCUGGCUGCCUGGCCGGCGGGGCUCCCGGGCACCUCCUGGUCUCCUGGGGUGAUGGCGAACGUGGCCAAGAAGGUGUCGUGGUCCGGCCGGGAGCGGGAGCCGUUCGGCCCAGGGGAGGCCACGCCGCUGCUCAACGGCACCAGGGUAGCCGCUGCCACCACCACCAGCUUCCGGCAGCUCACGCCAUCCUCCUCUUCCUCGCGCUUUGGGCGUCUGAGCAACGUGGAUCUCAGCGAUGACCAAGAACCAGAAAUGGAGGAGCCCCGGCCCCUCCCCAACGAGAUCCCCCACAGUGAGAAACUGCUCUCUCUCAAAUACGAGAGCUUAGAUUAUGACAACUGUGAGAAUCAGCUGUUCCUGGAGGAAGAGAAACGCAUCAACCACACGGCUUUCCGUACGGUGGAGAUUCGGCGCUGGGUCAUCUGUGCCAUGAUCGGGAUCCUGACUGGCCUUGUCGCCUGCUUCAUUGACAUUGUGGUGGAAUACUUGGCUGGCCUUAAGUACGAAUUGGUCAAGGGCAACAUUGACGGAUUCACUGAGACGGGACGCUUGUCUUUCUCGCUGCUUCUCUGGGCCACCCUAAAUGCAAGCUUUGUGAUGGUCGGUUCCGUGAUGGUAGCUUUUAUCGAGCCCGUGGCGGCCGGCAGUGGGAUCCCUCAGAUCAAGUGCUACCUCAACGGAGUCAAGAUCCCCCACGUGGUUCGCUUGAAG